GAGAAUAUGAGCACAGAUUAUGAUGAAAGUGUCGAUCUAACAGAGAUAGCCAAGGCAGACUCUGCUACUUGUCAGAGUUGUAUUACUCGUCUAGCCUUCACAUGUGCUAAGAGAUUAACAGGAGUGGACUUGGAAAGCUCUGGCCUCAUAAACUGGACUGGAGAGUCAGAGGAGUCUCAGAGUGUUGGACCUUUUCUUAUUGGCGUUGCCGGUGGAAGCGCCUCUGGGAAGACGACUGUUUGUAAUAAAAUUAUACAAGGACUUGGAGACCGUCGAUGUGUUAUGAUUGCGUUGGAUUGGUUCUACAAGGGACUGGAGGACGAACAGGACGCAAGUAGUUACAACUUCGAUCACCCAGAUUCUUUAGACUUUGAACUAUUGUCGUUGUGUCUUGAAAUGUUGAUUCGAGGACAAUCCACUGAAGUACCUUGCUAUGACUUUUCUACUCAUAAGCGUUUGCCUGUGAAGAGGUUGAUUUCUCCUGGAGAAGUAGUAAUUAUUGAAGGGAUCCUUACUUUUUAUCCUAUAGAUAUCCGUAGCAUGCUUCACUUGAAGAUAUUUGUAGAUGAGGAUCCAGAUACUUGUCUUUGUCGUCGUAUUCGAAGAGAUGUUUCAAGCCGAGGAAGAACCAUAGAAAGUGUGUUGGCUCAAUAUGAAAAAUUUGUAAAGCCCUCUUAUGAAGAGUUUAUCGCUCCAACGAAACGAUAUGCAGAUAUUAUUGUACCAAGAGGAGCUGAAAAUCUGGUUGCUAUUGAUCUUGUUAUUAAGCAUAUUGCUUUGAAACUUUCGCAACCUGAUUUGCGUCGAUUAUAUCCCAAUCUGGUAAUUAUGGGAGAUAAUCCACAGAUACAAGGCCUUCACUCAGUAUUUCGAGAUAGAGAAGCUUCGAGAGAGGAUUUUAUUUUCCAUGCUGACCGAUUGAUAAGACUCAUUGCUGAAGAAGGUUUAAGUUUGCUACCAUUUCAGCAGAGUUUUGUAUAUACACCCACCGGAGAUGUGUACCAUGGGUUUAAGUAUUCUGCAGAAUUGGCAAGCGUAAGUAUAAUGAGAGGUGGAGAUGCGAUGGAAGCUGGUUUAAGAGCAGUUUGCAAGAAUAUUAGCAUUGGAAAGAUGCUCAUUGCAAAGGAUCCUCUUGAUCCAAGUUCCGAACGCAAAGUGAUUUAUUGUAAAUUACCUUCCGAGUUAUCUCGAAAACAUGUAUUUCUGUUGGACCCUAUUUUAGGAACAGGAAAGACUGCAGUAAAGGCUGUCGAGGAGUUGCUUAGAAGAGGCUGUAUAGAGAGCCAAAUCAUUAUUCUUUCUUUAGUUACAAGUUCGGAAGGAGUUCGCUUUUGUUUUGAACACUUUCCACAAUUAAAAUUAGUAACCAGUGCCGUAGACCAUUUGCAUGUAUCCCAAAGUCGAGUCGUACCGGGUUUAGGAGAAUUUGCUGAUCGUUAUUUUGGAACCUAAAACUUGUAUUCUACCGCCGUCCAAAA